AUGGCCCAAUCGUACGACUGUACGUUGAAAGAAUUGAAGGAGUUGAUGUCAAUGCGAGGUGCUGAAGCCUACACUAAGAUUAAGAGCCAUUACGGGGGUGUACUUGAACUUUGCAAAAAGUUGAAGACAUCCCCGACUGAAGGUCUUUCUGGUCAAGCAGAGGACAUCCAGAACCGCGUAAGGACCUACGGAUCGAAUAUUAUCCCUCCUAAACCUCCGAAACCGUUCUGGAAGUUGGUCUGGGAGGCCCUUCAGGACAUCACCCUAAUCGUCCUCAUCGUCGCCGCUCUUAUUUCCCUCGGUCUGUCUUUCUACAAACCCCCCGAGGAUGCGGAUUGUGAGUUGGGGAGUGGUGGGACCCCGACGGCACACGACGACAGCGAAUCAGAAGCAGGCUGGAUCGAGGGUGUAGCAAUCCUAUUGGCCGUCAUCGUGGUGGUUCUUGUAACAGCCUUCAACGAUUGGCGGAAGGAGAGGCAAUUUCGGGGGCUACAGAGCAAGAUUGAGAACGAGCACAAGUUCGCGACGAUUCGUGGUGGUGAAGUCCUACAAAUCCCCGUUGGGGAGCUGGUCGUUGGUGACAUCUGCCAAGUUAAAUAUGGUGACCUUUUGCCCGUAGAUGGCAUUAUAAUACAGAGCAAUGACCUGAAAAUUGAUGAAAGUUCACUUACCGGCGAGUCUGACCACGUCAAGAAGAGUGAGACUAAUGACCCACUUCUGCUUUCCGGCACACACGUGAUGGAGGGCAGUGGAAAAAUGCUGGUGGUUGCAGUCGGCAUAAACAGCCAGGCGGGCAUCAUCUUUGCUCUGCUGGGUGCAUCCCAAGAGGAAAAGGAAACCAAAAAAGAUAAGAAAGCCAAGAAAGCUUCUGACGCUAAGAACUUGGCGACAGGCGCCACCGGAGCUGAACAAAUUAUGCUGGAAAAUAAAGAGUUGAUUGACAACGUGGACAGUCCCUCUGGCCCGGCGCAGAGUUCUGGUAGAAAGGAAAAGUCGGUACUGCAAGCCAAACUGACCAAACUGGCCAUCAAGAUCGGAUAUGUCGGCACUAUAAUAGCCAUACUAACGGUCAUCAUCUUGGUUCUUCGAUUCUGCAUUGAAAAAUUUGUAGUGGACAAACAGCCAUGGAAUCCCAAGUACAUUCAAAACUUUGUUCAGUUCUUCAUCAUCGGUGUGACCGUGCUCGUCGUGGCGGUACCCGAGGGACUGCCGCUGGCCGUCACACUUGCACUGGCAUACUCCGUUAGGAAGAUGAUGUUGGACAACAACCUGGUGAGGCACCUGGACGCCUGCGAGACCAUGGGCAAUGCCACGGCCAUCUGCUCGGACAAGACCGGCACACUCACCACCAACAGGAUGACUGUGGUCCAGAGUUACAUUGCUGACGUACAUCACAAGUCCACACCAAAGUUUGCCAGCAUCCCAAACUCCGUGGGAGAGAUCUUGGUCAGGGCUAUAUCCAUUAACAGUGGCUACACCUCAAGAAUUAUGCCGUCAGAAAACAAAGACGAGCUGCCGAAGCAAGUUGGAAACAAAACAGAGUGUGCCCUGCUCGGGUUCGUCUUAGACAUGGGCCUCAACUAUGAAACCUACAGGGCAGAAGUACCAGAGGACAAGAUUUACAAGGUAUAUACCUUCAAUUCUGUGCGCAAAUCAAUGAGCACUGUCAUUAAGAAUGGUGCCAAUGGGUACAGACUGUUCACCAAAGGAGCCUCGGAGAUCGUCAUGAAGAAAUGUACACACAUUCUUGGUGUUGAUGGCGUGUUGAGAGACUUUGGACCUCGCGACCAGGACCAGAUGGUCAAGAAGGUCAUUGAACCGAUGGCAAGCAAUGGAAUGAGGACCAUCUGCAUCGCUUAUAAGGAUUACGUUGACGGUCAACCGCGGAAUGGGAGCCAGGAACAAUACAAAGGCGAACCAGCAUGGGACAAAGAAGCCGAGAUUGUUCGCAAUCUUACGUGCAUCUGCAUUGUUGGCAUUGAAGAUCCCGUAAGACCCGAGGUCCCGGCGGCCAUAAAGAAAUGCCAAAAUGCCGGCAUAACGGUAAGGAUGGUGACUGGUGAUAAUGUUAACACAGCCAGAUCCAUCGCCAUCAAAUGUGGAAUUUUGAAACCUGAUGACGACUUUUUCGUAAUUGACGGCCAAGAAUUCAAUAGAAGAAUAAGAAAAAAUCCUGACGCUCCGUUCGACCAAGCCCUGUUCGAUCAGGUGUGGCCCAAAUUGCGCGUGUUGGCCCGCUCAUCUCCCCAAGACAAGUACACCCUUGUAAAGGGCAUCAUCGACAGUAGGCUGAACCCAACCAGAGAGGUAGUGGCGGUCACGGGGGAUGGUACCAACGAUGGGCCGGCCCUCAAAAAAGCCGAUGUUGGCUUCGCUAUGGGCAUAGCGGGCACGGACGUAGCAAAGGAGGCAUCGGACAUCAUCCUGACGGACGACAACUUCACAUCAAUCGUGAAGGCCGUCAUGUGGGGGAGGAACGUCUAUGACAGUAUCGCCAAAUUCCUGCAGUUUCAACUGACCGUUAACGUGGUGGCCGUCAUCGUGGCGUUUCUUGGCGCCUGUUUCAUUAAUGAAUCUCCCUUGAAAGCCAUACAAAUGUUGUGGGUGAACCUCAUAAUGGACACCCUGGCCUCUUUGGCCCUGGCCACGGAACUCCCCAGCGAGGACAUGCUGAACAGGAAACCUUACGGUCGCACGAAACCGCUGAUUAGUAGGACCAUGAUGAAGAACAUCAUUGGACAUGGUAUAUACCAGCUCGCUGUUAUCUUCGUUAUUCUGUUUUUAGGUGACCAGUGGUUCGGCAUAGACUCAGGGCGUAUGGACAAAUCCUCCCGAGCCAUGCCCCCACCAAACCACCACUUCACCAUCAUCUUCAACACCUUUGUCAUGAUGACACUCUUUAAUGAGAUCAAUGCCAGGAAGAUCCACGGGCAACGUAACGUCUUCGAAGGGCUUAACAGGAAUCACGUCUUCAUCAUUAUCUGGAUUCUUACUUUUAUUAGUCAGAUUUUGAUCGUACAGUUCGGAGGGCAUGCAUUCUACACGAAGGCCCUCGACCUGGAGCAGUGGAUGUGGUGCCUCUUCCUAGGCAUCGGAGAACUCGUCUGGGGACAGCUGGUCACCUCCAUUCCGACCAGACGACUACCAAAAGCGAUGACGUUGGGUGCAGCCUCCCCUCAAGAAAUUCAGCGAAUAGAGGAAGAGGACCACGAUAAUGUCCUUGAAGAUGCGGGCAGAGGUCAAAUCCUCUGGGUCAGAGGUCUGACACGGCUACAGCAACAGGUGCGCGCCGCAAACGCUUUCCGCCUAGCAGAAGUCGACAGCUUCGAAAAGCGCAGCCUCUACUCGCUUAACAGUCAGUACUCGCUCGGCUACAAGAACAUUCACGAACUACGCAGGCAGGCCACAUCUGUGGCCGACUUCAAUGACGACUCGCGUCCCGUCGUUUAGGACAAUGCUGAUGACCGCGGUGGUGGUAGUAGUAACCACUAACGCGAUGCUGACGUUGAGGAUGAGGAUGUUGUUGACGAUGCGAUUGCAGCUGAUGGCGACGAUGAUGAUGAAACGUUAAUGUGGUUGUUGUUGAUGACGAUGAUGAUUCAGAUGCAAAUGAUGACGACGAUGAUGAUGAUGGUGAUGAUGAUAGUAUUGAUCUGGAAGAUUCUAAUGAUUAUCGUGACGGUCUUUACGAUGCUGACGACGACGAUGAAGUUCAUGACGCUUAUGACUAUCAUGCCUACCGAAGACUACAUCGUGAUUUCCGUGAAUGAUUGCCCUUGAUGACGGCGGUCAUCAUCAACAUCAUUAUCAUCAUCGACUCGUUUUUUUUUUGUGGCGACGAUAAUGAUGAUGAUGGCGAUGACGACGACGAUGAUGAUGUUCGUGAUGACGAUGAUAGUAAGAUGAUAAUGCGUAUACGAGUUUACAACUCGUGACGUCAGACAUUUUAAGAACGGGGCAAUCAGAUGAGGGGUAAAUAGCAAGAUAGGGCUUGAUAAGGGCAUGGAAAAAGGGUUAUUUUAGAUGAAAAAUAUACUUCAACAGCAUGUAAUGUGUGUUUUUGAUAAAUUUAUUAUAUUUAUUUUUUCAUUUUAAUUUUUCAAAUUUUUUUUUCGACUAACUUGUUUCAUUUCAAGUAUAAUUAUUAUUGCGUUUCUAUAUUUUCCCCGCUAUGUUCGUUGAAAGUUAAAUAACUUUUUAAUUAAUUUUAUAUAUAUAUAUAUAUAUAUAUAUAUAUAUAUAUAUAUAUAUAUAUAUAUAUAUAUAUAUAUGAUUUUAUUGGUUUACGUUUAAUUAAUUUUAAUUAAGAUGACGUUUCCUUUCGUUUGAUUAACCAAUUCAUUAAUUAACUAAUUGAUUGAUUUAUUUUUUUAUUUCAAC